CCAUGGGAACCUGAGCAACUGCUGUCUCUCACCCAAAUGUAAAUUACUACCUGGAAAACAACAGCACACCCCUGAUGCGUAUCUGUUUGAAUUUGAAUUAAGAAGGCGUUCAGCUCAGGAUGUACACGUCUUCUGCAUGAAUAACGGGCUGCCAUUUGAAGACAAAACAAAAAAAGAGCAUAUAAAUUUGGAUUGUGGAUGGUAAUUGAUGAUCAGAAAUAGAAGCUUGGGGAAAUAUCAUAUUGCAAGAGCUUCCUUGGAUCUUAAAUUUAGAUUGGAGAUCAACUUAGAUUAGAUUGGAGAAGCCCGGAGAUGCAGAUUCGUGUGGUCCAGAUCUGGGGUUUCCUGAUCACCGUUUUGGGCUGGAUCUUUGUUGCCUGCACAAUGGCCAUGGAGGGCUGGAAGAUUUGUGCCAUAGGGGGCAUGGGGGGCUCCUCAGUCAUCAAGGUGGCCUGGUACUGGUCCAACCUGUGGAGAGCCUGUGUUACAGACUCAACUAAUAUCAGUAACUGUUACGACUACCCUGUGCUCUGGUCUGUGGAGGGUUACAUCCAGAUAGUACGAGGCCUGCUGAUGGCAGCUCUUUCCUUCGGCAUACUGGGGUUUGUGCUUGGUCUGAUAGGUAUGGAGUGCACCGUCAUUGGGGGAAAAGACCGGUCAAAGUACAGGAAGAUCUAUGCCAGCGGAUGGUGCCACAUAAUCAGCGGUUUGCUGUCCACAUGUGGGUAUGCUGUUUAUGCAUAUUAUGUCUCAUUAGAAUACUUCAACCUUAACUUUGAUGGACUAAAAUAUGACCUUGGCACCCCGUUGUUCCUCGGCUGGGUUGGCUCAGCCCUUCACAUGACUGGUGGUUUCUUCUAUGUGUGGUCAGUGUGUAUGCCGCUCUGCGGAGAAGAGGAAAUGGAAAUAAACGUCCAGACACUAACAAGCAAGUCCACCACAGGUCUGUCCACAGUCACAUUCAAGACCAACGUGUCCUCAGAGUCAGAGCUUUCGCCCAAGUCUAAGGACUCAGACCUGUCCAGCAUUUCCUCAAGUUUAGAACGCACCUCCAAAUCUGGAUACACAGCCAAGUCAGGACAGUCAUCCCAGACUGGGCAAAUCACCGGUUCUGCAAUGUUGAGGUCAGGAUCAGAGGCGGGAUCGGAGUCACUGAUGGCGCCAACUUUGUCUGGCAGCUCGAGGAUUAAGACUAAACGGUUCUUUAAAAAGUCUUAUAUUUGAAUAAAUGUGAGUCAUAAUGUGACUAACAAAUAUGAAUACAUGUGACAGACUCAUGAUCUGAUGCUUUUCUAUUCAAUGUACAAAUCGGUGGUAAAAGCAAAUUCAGCGAUAUGCGUUUUGUUUUAAAAAUAGUGAUACAAAUCUUUUUUCACUGAAUUGAUUAGUAGACAGUUUGCUGCCUGUUCAUGUUUAUCAUCUAUAAUGUAAUUUACAACUAGGAAUAUCUAUAUUUAUUAUAAUAUCUAUUCAUUAUAAUUAAGCCACAUAUCCAUGUCUAAUCUAAAUGGCAGCCUUUAUAUAGACAUUUAAACAACAAAGAGCAACUCCACCAGGCUUAUUAGGUCUGGUUGACAGUAAACAGUGUCUGCUUUGCUGGUUUUGAAACCUUCAUACAAAUACACAAGCAGCAGUUGUAAGAAGACUGGAUCUACAGUUUUACAUCUGAAGCAAAGCCCUUGUGGCUUUUCUUUUCUUGAAUUAUUGGUGGAUUUAUUCCUUCACAAAAAAGGUAGGCAGUAAAUACCUUCACAUUUGGCACUAUUGGCUCUACUUUUCAUCAUCUACAAUGUCACCUUUGUUACUGUUUGUACUUAAUACGUAAAGGCUCUGACUUGUAGGACUGAAGAGAUGUGUAGGACACUGGCUCAGAUCCUGGGCCUGAUGCUCUGCAUAGUGGGCUGGGGCUUUGUGGGCUGCACCCUUGCUAUGGACCACUGGAGGUAGGCAAAUAAGAGUUAGAAGAAACAAAUAGAAGAAUACAUCUUAGGCACUUUAGCCUUAGAGAUUGCAGGGAGAAAGUGUCUUGACUGAAUAGCUUGAAUAAAAAAAAAUCUCAGAACCCUAGAAAUGUCAAAAAACUACUAACCUGAUUGCUAACAUGAAAAAUUUGUCAUCCAAAGCGAAUUUAGCUGAAUUGUCAACCUGUUUGUGUAAAUGUGCAUGAUCAGAGUGCCAAUUUUUCUCUUUUAUUUUUUGUUUCCUGAAUACGAGAUUUCCUAUGCAUGCAAUAAAUGUUAAUUAAUUUGCAUAUGAUACAAUUUUGUUUUGUUGUAGUGUCAAUUUGAAACAACUUUUGGAUAUGGCAAAAUUUCAUCAUCUUUGGCAACGAUUAGGGCUGGGAAAUAUGACAAUAUAUAUACUGUAUCUAUUGUCAAAGCGAUAUAAAAAUGUCUAUUGUAUAAAUUUGUCUAUAUCGGUUCUAUCGUUAUGUCGAAAAGCCAGCAGCCACACUGCAUUACGGCAAUAUUUACAUCACUUGGGCGACACUUUACGUUCUUAUCCUAUCACUUUAUGUUCAGUUUGCAUUAAAGUUCUUAAUAAAAUAAAAAUACUCAGUACUUUUCAUUUGUCAAUUAUUUAAUUCACACAGGAGCAUGCAAAAAUAGUCUUAUUUAUUGAAUUACCAGAAAAAAAAUGCUAAAUUAUAUCGUGAUACAUAUCGAUAACGAGACAUAAAAUGACCUACAAUGUAUCGGUAUAAUAGAGUUUGGCCAUAUCGCCCAGUCCUUGGUUUAAUAAAUGUUCAAAGCAAACUCGAUAAAUGAUGUUGAAAUUUAAAGUGUCUGAAAUCCAAUUUUUGGGAUGG